AUGUCUGCGCCAGAGAGAUGGUGUGUAGUGAUAGGGGGGAGGGGGUUUGCUGCGCGGCAUUUGGUGGAAAUGCUCAUCCGUUAUGAUAUGUAUUCAGUUCGUAUUGCGGAUUUGGCACCUUCUAUCAAGCUAGAUCCCUACGAGGAGAAGGGAAUCCUUGCUGAUGCUCUUCAUAGAGGACGUGUUCAGUAUGUAUCUACUGAUCUUUGUGACAAAGCCCAAGUAUUGGAAGUUUGCCACGGAGCUGAGGUUGUUUUCCACAUGGCCGCUGCAGAUUCAUCCAUUGAUAACUACCAGCUCCAUCAGCCAGUGAAUGUGCAAGGCACUGUGAAUAUAAUUGAGGCUUGUGUGGAGCAUAAAGUCAAAAGAUUAAUUUACACUAGCUCUCCUAGUGUGGUGUUUGAUGGAGUAAACGGAAUUUAUAAUGGUGAUGAAUCACUUCCCUAUCCUACUAAGCACAAUGAUUCAUAUUCUGCAACUAAAGCUGAUGGAGAGGCACUAAUCCUCAAAUCCAAUGGUGUUAAUGGGCUUCUUACAUGCUGCAUUCGUCCUAGCAGCAUUUUUGGUCCUGGCGACAAAUUACUUGUUCCAGCUAUUGUUAAUGCUGCAAGGGCGGGAAAGGCCAGGUUCAUCAUUGGCGAUGGUAAGAACAUGUAUGAUUUUACCUAUGUUGAAAAUGUCGCACACGCUCAUAUAUGUGCUGAAAGAGCUCUAGCAUCUGGGGAUAAGGAUGCAGAGAGAGCUUCAGGCCAGGCAUACUUUAUUACCAAUAUGGAGCCGAUCAAGUUUUGGGAUUUUGUCUCUCUUAUUCUUACUGGUCUUGGCUAUAAAAGGCCACGCUAUAGAAUUCCUGUCCGCAUUCUGAUGCCAUUUGCGCAUAUGAUGGCGGGAGUAUAUACUGCUUUUGCCCAGUAUGGGAUGAAGGCUCCUCAUUUUACACCUUCAAGAGUGAGACUCCUCUCUUGUAAUCGGACAUAUAAUUGCGCAAAAGCAGCUGACAGACUUGGCUACACACCAGUCGUUCCACUUGAGGAAGGUAUCAACAGGACAAUAAACUCAUUCUCGCACCUGAAGGCUGAAUUGCAUCGAAAAGAAGGUCCAUCUAAAGCUUCAGUAUAUCUUGGAAGAGGAAGGGUUGCUGACAUACUUCUUUGGAAGAAUAAAAAGCAAACGCUUGCCACAUUGUUGGCGCUGUUUGUCUUUUACCUAAAUUUCAUAGCACCGCGCUAUACCAUAAUCACUGCAGUUUGCAAAAUACUAUCAUGGGCAGCAAUCUUCCUGUUCAUCCAUGGAAGAAUACCGAAGAAACUAUCAAAAUAUACAGUUGAGAAAAUUCCCGAGUCCAAUUUCCAUUUGUCAGACGAUUGGCCACAUAGAGCUGCUUCAGCAAUGGCUUCAUACUGGAAUUCGGGAGUUAAUAAUUUAAAAUCCCUUUGCUGUGGAAAUGAUUGGAGCCUGUGUCUGAAGAUGGUAAUCUAUCUAUUAGUUCUGCGCUUCCUUGCAUCCACAUCACCGCUCAGUCUGUUCGGAAAAGCACUUCCUUUUGCGUUUGUUGCAUUCUUUCUGUACGAAUUAUAUGAAGAAGAAAUCGAUAGUUUGUUCGUACACUGCUUCUCUUUUGUGUACAUGGUAAAGCCGGACAAUUUGCAGAAGCUGAGUCCGAUCAAAGUUGGCAAAAGUGAGUAAUCGAUAGCUGCGGAAUCUACUAUUCAAUGACAAGGACAUGUAUUCUGCAGAUCAAGCUAGUUUAUGUAGAGGACUGCCAGUAUAAUAUAGCUGUGUAUAUAAUCUUAGAACAUAGACCAUUGUUUCUGUAUACUCUCCUCCAAUUCUUGCAUGUUAGAGUUCUUGUCAAACAUGGUGACAUGCAAUGGCCUUUGUCUUAAAGUUGUAUUUUUUUAAAACUUU